UCUUCACUACCACUAUGCCACUAGCUCUUUGUAGGUACGUCACUAUCAAGCACGAAACUGUCAUGGCCGCGGCCGCCAUUGCGACAUAUGUGCGUGACAAGUCAUGUCAUUGGCGUGCAUGAUACAUGAGAAAAUCCAAUGGCAGAUUCUUUCUUCGGGUUCGAUAUUUCUGUAUCGAACUUAAAUGACGAUGAAGGAGGCGGUGAGCCGUCGGAAGACGAGUAUGAUGCUCUCAAUGACGAGACGUUCGGUCAUGGAUCUGACGAGUUCGAUUGGGAGAUGGAGCAUGAGCAGCUUGCCGAGCAGCUUGAAAGCAGCCGCCGGCACAACAGCACGCUCGACGAGACCGCUGAACAACUUGAAGCGUCACUAUCCCAGCUAGUCCUGGACGAGACAGACGCGCCGCAGUCCCGCAUCCUGGGCUCGAGUGUCUGGCGAAAUGAUCUGCCCUUCCCCGCCGCGCCUACGCCGGUGCCAGCACUCAAGAAUGUGUGCACGGUCGAAGAACUCGAGCGGCAGCUGCGACAGAAGCAGAUGCAGCAGUCGCAAUCACAAUCCCAACACCAGCAGAACCAAGCGUACAACGCACAGAACUAUUACCAGCCAAGAUUUCCACCUGUCAUUUUGCAAAGACCACCAGGCUUGCAGGCGCCCGUGCCCUUGCCCUUCGCGCCUCAACAACCCAUGGGCCAUAACAUGAAUCAAAUGGGCCAACCCUUGAACAAGAUGAUGAGUCAGAGCAAUCAAAUGGGACAGACCAACCAGCUAAUGUCCAACCAUGUCGGUCAAGGUAUGAACCAACUGGGCCAAAAUGUGAAUCAGAUGGGUCAAAAUGUUAAUCCACUGGGGCAAACUUUGAACCAGUUUAUGCAGAGUUCGAAUCAGUUUCAAAAUAAUCAAGGCAUUAUGAACAUGUCCCAAAUGCAAAAUGUUCACAUGGGCCAAUCAAACCUGUUGCAAAAUCAAAUGGCUCAGAACGUCGGCCAGAAUAUGACUAUGAAUAUGGGUCAGAAUCAGCUAAGUCAAAACAUGAUGCAAAUGGGCCAAAACACAAACCAAUUGGGUCAAACUAUGAAUCAGAAUAUACCGUUGAAUCAGAAUGUGACAAUGAAUCAGUUGGGCCAAAACAUCCCUUUAGGCCAGAUGGGGCAAAAUAUGGCACAGAUUAACCAGAAUGUGCCGCAUUUGAAUCAAAACAUGCCACAAAUAAAUCAGAGCAUGCCACAAAUGAGUCAGAAUCAGAUGGGUCAAAGUAUGAACCAGAUGGGUCAGAAUAUGAACCAAAUGGGUCAGAAUGUGAACCAAAUGAUGCCCAAUGGCACUCAGUUUGGGCAAAUGAAUCAAUACCCCCAUUCUAUGGGUCAGCCAAGGAUGAUGGCGCCCCCACCCGGAAUAAACAUGCCGCGGCAGAAUUUCAGCCCUAACAUGGGACAGUACAACCCGAACUUUCGACAACCAAUGAAACCGGAACAGCCAAACAUGAUGAUGAACCAGAUGAUGGUGAAAAACCAGCAACCACUCCAAAAAUCUGCGAUAACACAAUCGCCUCAAAACAAAACGGCUCCAGCUAAGAAAGUGGAGAACAAGCCCAAAACGAGGGUGUAUAACAACAGCAAGGGGCUGACGUCACAGAACCUGGUGCAGAUCAUACAGAACACGCAUCCGAUACUCCAGAUGAACAAUAGUUAUCACAACGCUAGCCAUCACCCCAUGCUGAACCGCGGUAUGUUCAACAACCAGAAUCAUCCAAUGCUGAAUAGACAGAACGGCACUUAUAAUAACUCCAUAAACGGUGACGACGGCGGCAGCGACUCGGACGAGUACGCCGGCCUCAUGACGCAGAGAGAGAAGCAGUGGCUGAUCAACAUACAGAUGCUUCAGCUCAACACGGGCACACCCUAUAUACACGACUUCUAUUACACGGUAUUUCUGGAAAGACAAGCGAGGAAGGAAAAAGAAGGCGUAAAGGAGGCGCACAAGGCGAAUCAACAAAACCAUCCAUUCUACAGUGGAGCGGUGAAACAGGAAGGUCCCACGCAUCGCGAGCGGCACAACUCGCACCGACACAACUCGACGAGCGAGGACGGAGCCACGCCACGUGCGUACGUGCCCACGCAGUUUGAAAACUCUCUUGGGAAACUCCAGUGCGGCAGUGUGACCGCGCCGCGCAAGAUCAUCGACGUGGAGGUGGUGGGUGCCGAGCCGCCGGGCGCGGGCCCGGGCGCCGGCGCCAGCGCGCGCUCCGCUCGCACCUCGCGCGCUCCGAGCCGCGCCUCGCGCGCCAGCACCACCACGCCCGCCGAGGCGCCACGUGAAAUGAAAAGGACGAAGCAACUGUUACUCGACAUAGAAGCUUUGUAUCUGAUACUGCUGCGACUUGAGGAGCUCAACGAUCCGUUGGCGAUCACCAACGCCCUCAUUUUAAAGGAAAGAGAAGAGAAACAGAAGCAACUAGAAGCGGCGCAGAAGGAGGCGGAGAAUAACGAGGAUGAUGACUCGAAUCUGUUCUUGAAGAACAUAGAGUCGGUUCAGAGACGGCCCAAGCAGGACAGUCCCAAGAGCGAGAGCAUAGACAAGAGACAGGUAGUGAACCUAGCGGUGAGUCAGAAACAAGCGCCGGUAAAGAACCUUCUAGACGAGGAUAAAGAAGAACUGGUGAACAAGAUGUUUGCCGGUUUGCUGCAUGGUGACAGGCUGCAGCAGAUGCUCACUGUCAGGAAGGGACGGGCGCUGGUGUGUCGGUUCCUGCGGCGCUGCGGCAGUGCGCACGCGCGCGCGCGGGCGCUGUGGGCGCGGCUGCUGCGCGCGCUGCCCGGCGCCGCGCCCGCGCGCAAGGACCACGCCGGCCUGCACGCGCUCGCGCACCACUACCGCAGCUACAUACAGGCCACCACAGGUUGGUCAGCAAUACAGGAGUCGUGUGCAAUUCUAACGGAAACUCUAGAUCCUGCGCGCACGCCGUACGUACUCACCACUUCGUUUACGCUAAGUGCAGUCUGCGCUCUAGUGGAGAAGGCAUCAGCCCUCGUGAACACUCCAGAGCCCAGCUCGAGCGAAAGACAGUGGUUUAAAUUCCUGAAAACGUUGGCCCGAGCGCUGAAACACACCACACUUCAAGUGGCCAGGCCGAUACAGCCGCUUCCGGAAGCAAAACUGAUUCAGCAUAUAAAACAACUUGAAUCUAGGAGCACCAUAGAGAUACUUCAGAGAGGUAAAACUGCAGACUUCGAAAUAACUAAAGCGGAAGUUAGUGAGCAUCUGGUGAAACAUUUAUGUUGAUAUCCAGCUUGGAAGGCGGUUUGGGACCCCAGCUGACACAGGCCCGUUCCAUAUGUGACCCGCUUGUUCCUUUAUUGACCCAUGAUCGCCGUCGUGGCGUUACGAGACAUCACUUUAUUUCAGGCAGCAUACAUUGACCCGUUAUUGGCUUUUGGACUAACUUGUGGUUUAAAAAAAAUAAGAAAUUGGUCGAUAUAACUGAAGGUGAACUAAUGAAGGUGUUAUUUUUGUUAGAUCUGAUAACAUUUGGUUGUUACGUUGUAACACUUCACGCGUCCCAACGUUUAACAACUGCAUAAUAUUAGUUUCCUAUAGGUACAUAAUAUGUACUGUUUUCCUUGCCAUCUUCCCCAUAGUCUCCUCCAGAUUAGAAUAUCUUAUAAUGGGACGGAUUUAGAAAAACAUCACACCCUUUUAAUAUUAAUGACAGCAUUAAGGCAAAUGUAUGUUUGUCCCUUGUCAUAUCAAGUCUUAUGUUUUAGAAUGGCAGAGACAAAACGUGCUAUACUUAAAAUUCUGAUUAUUAAGGAUGAAAAAGUGUUAUUUUUUAUUUUAGCGAGGUAUUCAACGUAAUGUCCACAUAGUUAGCUCAAAUCAAUGGCCAAUUUAGAAUUUUAUUACUAUGACUUAGCUUCAUGGCUGCCGUUUGACAAUUGAGACGUAAAUCUCAAGAUAUUCCCAACUUGGUCGCUUCCUGUCCUGGGAACACGUGGCUCUAAUUCGUUUAGAGUCCAAACGUCAAGUAUAAAACGUGUUAUUGUAAAUAUUAAGUGCAGAAUAUAAUGUUUUUACCCCGUGUACACAACUAGCGAUUUAAUUUAAUACAAUCGUGGGCAAAACAACUGGCCCACAUGUAAUGUGUACGAUUUUUUUUAUUAAAAUGUAUGAGUAAACAUGGCAUCAUCAGAUAGGCUGAAUAAAAUAUUUGUUGUAUAAGAAUGUAUUAAAAAAAAAAUUGCCUUUGGGUCGGUUAUUUUGCUGGCACGUAUGACGCGAAACAAACACGGGUAUGUUCGAUUUAUUUAUAAUUUGUUAAUUAAUUGAAAUAAAAUAUUUAAAUCAAAAUGUGAAAAGAUGACUUACCCGACUUUGUUUCGCGUCACCGGUUGCUUCCCGAGAUUAGGGUCGUUGGAAAAUGCAUUUUUUUAACGUAGCAAUACCUUGUUAGCGUUCGAUAGAAUUCUUGACCAUGAUUGCGUACUAGCAUAGAUUGUCAUAGAUAACAUGUUAAUGGUCGUUUUGCUGCACUGUAUAUUUUUUCGGACCCGGUGCAGAAAUUAAAAAAAAAAGGAAAAAUGCGUUUUUUUAAAUAACUUUUUUCGGGAAUCGAUAGACGCUUUUUUUAACAACGCUUUAGAUAAAAUCCAUUGAAUUAUGGUAAAAAUAUGUUUUGUAAUCCAUAAAUAAUUCAUGGAGGCGAUCGUAUCGGGGGCUGAGUUUUUUUAUUUUAUUUUUUAUUUUUAGUUUUCGCAUAUGUCUGUGAUGGUACGGUUUUUUUGGAAAUUUCCUUUGAUACAAAAAGUCAGCCCCCGCUUAAUCACAUUUUGAAUAUGUUUUGUAUGUGAUUAUUGUAUAGACAAUGGUUUUAGUUGGUUUAUGGGGCACGUGACUCUAGCUUCAGUGCCGGGUUGCUAAAAUUAUAUGUUAUAAAAAUAAAAAUAAGUAAAAAGUUUUUUCAUAUUUUUUUUUUACAUUUUAAAGCACCUAAUUUUUUUACAUUUAAUUAUAACAAGACAGCUUAAUGAUUUUUUUUCUUAGUUUAUGGAAUUCUCAACAAAUGACAAGAACUAUAAAUACAAUAACUCGCCUACGUGUAUUUAUUAGUUUAAAUUUUGUUUGAAGAGUAGAGGGGUGAGUGUAUGUAUUUAUUAAAAAAAAAAAACAAAUUUCGACACGCACUGAAGUGUAGGGUGUUCGUGUUUGUUGAAUCUGUAGACAAUUGACGCGAUUUAUUAAGUAUAAAAAGUAAAAAAAAAAAACUAAUUCGAAAAAUACAUAUGUAAUCACCUGAUGUAAGGAAAUUUUUAUAGAACAAUUUUAUGAAUUUGAAAUACCAUUGAUGGUUCUUAUUAUUAAGAGUAGUAUCAAUCAGCUCAUGGCUUCAUAUUCUAUAAAAAGUUUGUUACUUAUUCAUAUUACUUAUUUAAAUUCAACUUUAUUAGCUAACUAGAUUAUUCCAUUUAUUUAGGCUAUAUAAGGCCAAUAUGACUUAGAUAUUUGAAGAAAUAUUUGCUAUAACAAUUGAACUUAGUCAACGAUCGAAGAUUUUACUGCCUUUAUAAUAAGUUAAUAAAUGAGCAAUUCCUAUUGAUUACAGAUGAGUUUGGUCGUCUUUAACAAUUGUAUUACAAAAAAAUGUCAUAUCGAAGUGCAAAAUCCUAAAAUACUUUGGCAUUUUUUACAUUUUCACUACUCGUUCACGGUAGAGAAUUCUAAGGCCAAGAUCUAAGCUCACUACAAAGGAAGCUUAAAAGACUACGAAGUUUCGGCCAGAUGACAUAUUGCAACACGAAGUCAAAGCCAGCCUAUUGAGACAGCAUAGACAUUAAUCGCGUAAAUAUUCAAACCGUCAUGAACAUAACAGAUAAAAAAUAAAUAUACUAUCGCAUUCGAGUAGUAGAAAAUGCAUUUUUGGACACUGAAUAUAAAAGUAUUUCAUACAUAGCAGUAAAGGCCGAGCGGUAGCAGGACUGUGUGCAGAAAUGUCAAUUGAAAAAAAAAAAAAAAGAUAUCUCAAUGGAUUAAGGUCGUAGCACACAUAUCCACUCGGAAAGGGAUCAUCGUAUCGCCGUGAAACAGGUGUCAACCUAACGUAACCAUGUAACCAAAACAGAUCAACAGUUCCAGUACGUCGCCUCGGCUUGCCGACUGGUUGACAUGGCUGGCUCCAGGGUCAGAGGCGUAGUCGCGGGAACUGUAGGUUGACCACUGUGGUACGUGAGCUUGCCCCGAGGCGAGGCGAUGUUACUAUUCCAAAAUGUGCUUUGCAGUAGUUGAUAAAAGGAUUACUGCACAGUUCGAGUUGAUACGGUGACGAUUUUCCGAGUUGAUAUGUGUGCUAUGAUCUUCAUCAGUGUGUGUACAAGGUCCCGUCAUCUCCCGUACGGCUGUGAUACCAUAGUGGCUUGCAUAACGACUACGGUGUUAAGUUUCAAUUGUAUUACAUAAUUGUAAUGUAAACGUGCAAUAAUAAGUGUUCAGUGUGAAUAUAUUUCAAUGUUACUAUAUUUUCUUAUACAGAAUGACUGCAAACCUCUAUGACUUGAAAAUGCACAGGUGGUACAUUUCUUGUGAGCGCUUGUCUGUACGCGUACUGCGAAUUCUGUUUACGCAAAUACUUCAGGUUUGUAGGAUAAUGGAUGUUGCUGCCAGUGUUAUUGUUAAUUGUAUAUAAUGGGUAUUUAAAAAAAAAUAAUUAAAUAACGAAAUUGUUUUACGGAAUAUUCCUUUUGUUUUUGUGUCAUCUAUUUUUUUGUAUGUCUUCAUACUUAUAAAACGAAUGUAUUAAGACAAAGAAAAAAAAAAUAGACAAAAUUUCGUAACAAUAUUUCGUAUAAUUAUAAAGUUAUGUAUAUUUAUUGUAUAUUGUUUUUAAUUUACAAAAGAAAAAAAUUAUAAAUGUGUAUAUUUGACUUACGCUAUCUUUGCUCACGUCGCCAUCAUGGUUGGAAGUGGCGAGGUGUGCUUAAAAUAAAGUCAACACAAAUGUCAUUGUCCAUAUUACCCGAUUUCUGCCAUUUUCCCUUUCGUAACUUAUAUAAAAUCUAAUUACCUUUAGAAAGAUUUGCAGUAUUUAUGCAUAUAUGUUGUGUCGGGGGCCACUGGUAGCAAUAGUUAGUUAGUGUGGAUGGUACAUGAACAGAUAUCGCGGUUACUAUCACGCAAUCUUCUAGUCCCGUCAUUCCGUUGUACAGAACAAGGCUGUCCCUGGAAUGUGGCCAUUUACUCGCUGAUUCACUAUUACAAGGUUCUAUGUUAUAUUUUUUUGCACAAAUUGAUUUAUAUAUAUCACAUAGUCUAUGCCUUUAUAAGUAAAAGCUUUCUAUAAGAAUUAAACUAUUUUUCGGAUUUUAUCGCGGUUUUAAUAUUUUAGUUUUCUCUCGACGUUUCGAAGACUGCAGCCUUCGUGGUCACGGGAGUACCUCCCGUAAACUAAAAUAUUAAAACCGCAAUAAUAUCCGAAAAAUAGUUUAAUUUUAAUGUCUAACGUUCGCGUAAACAUAAGAAAGUUUUCUAAUAAUAAACAAGGCGAACACUAUAUUAUAGUUUCCAAUUUAUACUAAAACGAAAAUUUGAAAUCAACUUUUUCUAACCUAAGUAAGAAAUACAUAGGUCUUUGUAAUAGUGAUUGUCAUCUAGUAUAAAAUCCAGGUUAUAUAGAGGUUUGCAGUAAUUUAACCAGAAUAUUUACAUGCAUUGAUUCCUUGUUAAAAUGACGUACCUCAAAGUGACCAAUACUAGAUAUUAGUAACGAUAUUGUUAUAUACAAUGACUGUUUUGGUGUCUUAUUACUGUCAGUGGUGACGUAUACUGGCGGCCAAGAGACUGAUUUCGACAACGAUUAACCGCCAUUUUCAAUAAAUGAUCUCAAGUUUUUUUAUCUCUCUCAGAAAUUGGCCAAUCAGAACAUUUUUAAUGACAUGCUUACAAAUGAGUUAUUGUGAUUGGUUCAUUUUAGGAAUCGGAUUGUGGAUUGAGAUUGAGAUCGUUUAUUGGAAUAGGUUGUUAAAUGCAAACUUAUGUUCAUUUACAUAGGGCUGAUAUUACGAAAAACUGUAUACUGUUAGGGGCUUUUGGUGUUAAGUUUGUACUAAUAUCAUUAUUAUGCAAAAUAAAUAUAAGGUCGAGUUUUAUUUGUCUAAAUUAGUAUCUUCGCCGCCACUCCGUUGCGCACUAACUGACAAAUGCAUUUUCUUCAGUUUGGAUUUUCAGUUAUAUACGAAGCUUGAUGCAUUAAAUAUAUAUUUAAUAAUGGAUGUGGCAUGUUCGUAUGCAUAUGUUGGUGUAUUUGGACAUCUGGGGCCGUGCCGUCGCAGGUCAGGAAUAUUAUUAUCGACAUAAUUAACGAUCGUAAACUCCUAUCGUUGUGAUCAUACCGAAGUUAACUGUAAAGACAAAACUGUAAAUUUAUAUUUAAUUGAUAGUUGUUGCAUCGGUGCUUUAAGAUCAUUAUAUUGUGUCGAUAUUCGUUUCAUUGCGCUCUUAAACGGUCGACGAGUUUUAUAUGAUUGCCAGUGUUCGACUCAAGUAGCGCGCAAUACCACCAUCUCCUUGUAGUAGAUCAGAAAAUGAUUUAAGAUGAAUGGACGCAAUAGCGUGUAAAGAGAAAUAGAAUUAAGUAUAGAUUGAAGUAACAGGUCUCAUUUGGGGGUUAAAUUAAUUAUGAAAUUAUUGCAAGUUUAAAAUCUAUGGGUGGCCGAAAUACAAUAGAUUUUAAAUUUGUAAAGAUGGAUAUAUUUGAUGUAUUAAGAACAUGCCAUAUUCAUGUGAUACAUGGUUUGAUGUGAAAAUAUAUUUUAAAAUGUACCUUUCUGCGAUAUAUUGAAUUUAAUAAAAUAGAGUAACAACAAUGCAAAUAAGAAACUGUAUAGGGCUUUAUCUUAUGGCCAUAAUGUAAUUUGAACACAAUAUGAUGUCAUGGGGAAUAUAAAUAAUAUAACAUUGAAAUUUUAUCACACCCAUGUGUAUUUCAAAUAUAAUUUACAAUGCGUUUAAUAAAGCAAAAAUUAUUGUAAA